AGAAAGAUGAAGCUCCUCAAGAUGCGCGGCCGUACGAAUUUUCUUACAUUUUCCCUGUUUUAUACAGUAUUGGUGCUUCAACAACUAGUAACAUACGGUGAAGAAGAUACUAGAGUCGUUACCUUAACUGCUAGAGAGGUUGAUGAGUUCGUAGUAUCGCAUGAUAUAAGAAUUAUAUACUUUUUCAAGAAGGAUGACUUCAGAGUGACAAACUUCCAGGAACAAUACAGGAAGGCCUCUUUGGCUUUAGACCCCUAUGGUGUCAAAUGUGGAUGGUAUGACUGUGGGUCGCAGAAACAUGAAAGUUGUAAUAAACAUGCAGUAGAGAAGCACGUGUACACUUAUAAGGAUGGAAUGGACUUGAUUGACUUAGAGCUUGACACAUUAUUCAAUGUGGAUGCCAUUGUAUCAAACGUUCUACAAUUAGUGCUCUUACAAGACGUUCCAAUUGUUCAGACGGAAUUUGAAUUGGAAGGCAUGUUGAGCAGUCAUAAAGGCAGACAAGAUGUCAUCCUGUCAUACCAGAGGGCCAUAGGAACCUAUGAUCAUAGAAUAUUUAUGGAGGUGGCGUUUGCCUACCAACACAAGUACAAGUUUGUUGUAUCAACAGACUCGGCAUCUGUCAAGAAAUACCUCACAGAGCAGAACAGGCAAAAGCAUUCUAUUGUCUGGGUGGUGAGAUGUAAGGAUAUAAAGAAGACAUCGGAGCCAUGUAGUGUUUCAUACUUCCAAGAUUCCAUGGACCUUGUAUCCCUGGUUAAAUUCAUCAAAGCAUUAGAUUUACCAAAAUCUUAUGAUAUCCCUGAGGAUGGCUCAGUUGGGACCCCCACACCAUACCACAAGCAGAAUAUGCAUGUUGCCUAUGUAUUCUAUGAUAAAACUACUCGCAAAGAAGCAUUGAAGCUGUCAGAGGGUCUUUAUAACGCUUUCUCUGGAAUCAUUGGAGUUGUCACAAUCAACACUGCAGAACAAGGAUUAGAUGAGUAUGGCUAUGAUAAUACCAUGUCUCCUAUAGCUGUAACUUUUAAGCUCCGAGAACAGGAAAACCUCAAUGUUUGGGAUGGCGUGACUUCCAUCGAGGCAGUUUGUGGAUUUAUUACAGAGCUCCUCUCUACUACCAUACGUCAAAGAAGCUCUGAUAGUGCGUAUGCAAUGAGGUCAGGUGACGAGUCCGACUCCUUAUAUGACGAUAGAAUUGAUGCAUAUGAUGAAGGAGAUGAUUAUGAAGUAUUAACCCAAGAUGAUGAACUGGCAAAAGCAAUGUGGGACAUCAGGGAUGAAAAGGUCGAUAUGACCCAUGUACCAGCUCUGACAGAUAAAACAUUUCCUGAACUCCUGGCUGAGAAAGAUUUGCUUAUUGUGUUAUAUUAUUUAAGAACUGACUCUAGGGGUAGCCUCUUCACACAUGCCUUCUCCGAGAUCUCAUCAACCCUUGCAUUAGAAAAUGUAACCCCCUUAGCCACUGUUGAAUGCUGGGACUGGACUGAUAUAUGUGGGAAGGAGAACAUCACUUUCUACCCAACUCUGAGGAUAUACAGGAAAGGGAAGCAGUCAAUUGACUAUAAAGGGCUCCUUGAUGGGCACUCAGUUUUGGCGGCUAUCAGAUUACUGAUGGAAGCAGCACCGAUACAACUUGAGACUACCAAAGAAGUAGAAGGGUUCAUAGAUGGUUAUAAGACUGAUAUACUAAAGGGUGCCUCACAAACAACAGUUCUUGGCUUAUUUGAAUCCUCAGAUGUGAAAGGUAUUGCCACAUUUAAUGAUGUAGCAGAUAGACUCCAUGGCAAGAUGCUGUCCGGCAUCGUCACUGGUGAUACAGCAAAUGCAGUCGCUACCAAGUACAACACCAAACCUCCCGCUGUUCUAGUGUUGAAGAAACAGCAAGAUAAACAACAAUAUGCCAAAUAUGAUGGUCCUAUAGAAUCAAAGGAUAUUAUGACAUUUAUAGAAAAGUCUAGAUUACCUGCUUUUACAAUGCUCACGAUUCAAACAUUCCCAGCAUUACAUAAAGCAGGAAAACCAUUCAUCAUUUUGUUCUGUGACCAGUGCCAGUCAUCUCGUGCCUUUAAAAGUGUUCAGGAAAUAGCUGAGGAUGAAGUUUUACCACAUCUCACAUUCAGCUGGAUGGAACUAUAUCAAGAAGAUGGUGUGGCUGAAAUAGUGCUGAAGACAUAUCUAGAGGGGGAUAUGACAGUACCAGCUCUAGCAUAUGUGGACUUGUCUAAUGGGCAGACUUUUGUGUAUUUGGACGACUUUGACAAAUCAGCAUCAAUUUUAAAAUGGCUUAACAUGGUGAAUAAAGGAGAAAUGGAACCUAGUAAAACUCUACCUAAAACCAAAUGGGCUCCCCAACACAGAGGGUUCAAUUUUCUGGAAAAGAUGGAUUUUGAUGCUCUUUCCCAUCAGUAUAAAGACAGUAGAAGUACUCCAGAAAAUCAGCAUGGGAUAGGAUUCGAUGAAGAUGGUAACCAAGUAACCGAUACCACAGAAGAAGAAAUUCCAGAUAGCAGUUCACGUAACACUGAUGAAGAUGAUGUCCGUGGAAAUUUACACGAGUUAAAAAACUCCAGACUUUACCAUCACAAAUCAGAAAAAAAUAUUAAACAUAAAGACACUUUUCAUCAUGAUCCAUCAGAGUUAUGAUGGGGGUCUAAUCAUAGUCAUAGUUGUUAUGAUAUUUUUUAGUUGUUUUUGUAACAUACUGUCUUUAGUCAAGUCUCUGGUUCUUCUUAGUUAUUAUGUAUUUGCCCAAGCAGAUUUGAGGAAAAUGGAAAAAAAGCAACACAAAGUUAGAGGGUACCAUCCACUCCAUAUAACCAUGUGGUUGCUUAAAAUACCAUAGGUAAUAAUGUGCAUGCACAUGCAAAUGAGCCUUCUCGCUGAGCUGGUGAUAUCUCUUCCAAAUUCAUGGGUCUGGAGAAUAUCAGUGAUCUUUUGUCCUUUUUAACUUAUAUGUGUGAACUAUUCUUAUAUCCUCUUAUACAAGAUGUGUGAGAUAAAGGGAGUUGAAGGGAACCAUAGGCUUGAUUCAAGGAUGAAAACCACAUGAAUUAAACAUGACAGUAUUUAGGAUAUAAAGUUUUAUAAAAUCAUAUCAUUUGUGCCAGUUUGCACACUGUAUCACUAGUAAAUCAAAGAUCUGUCAAAAUGUAUUCUGAAAUUAGGCUGAAGUUUAACUUUAAUAAUAGCAUAUACAAUAUUUUCUAGUUUAUUUUCCUGGUGUUAUACUUGUAAUUAUAAAAUACUAAAAAUACACACACUUUAGUGGAAAACAAGGAGAAAUGAAUGAUUCUCUCUUGUAAGUAUUCUUUCAUUUUUGGUUCAUAUUUGAAACCAGUGGCAUAUCUCUGCUGAUAUCCAUGUAUUUUCAGCAUUCAUUUUAUUCAGAACUCCUGCAAGAAACAGAUCUACAUGUACAGUAGUACACAUUAUCAUGUGCAUUGUAUAUUAUAAGCUGACACUACUUUGCCAAACACAACAUUAAUUUAACCUUUCUAAGUGAUUUAAGGUA